GGGGGUUGUGCUGCUCCCAUCUUGGGUCUGCCGGGGCAGCGGCGCCCGGACCGCGCCUCCCUGUGCACAGACCCGUGUGUUCGCGGUGCGGUGCCUUCAGCGAGAUUUGGGAGGGCAGGAACAAAGCGCAGGGCAGGGCAGGGGCGAUAAGUCGCCGCGGGUCUGUCGGCCGUGCCCCCGUGUCGUGACUGUUCCAGAACAGCCGUGUGGUGCGAACCCUCGGGGCCGGCAGCACCGCAGAGCGGAGGUCGCUGCUCGCUGUUCUGUAAGGACACCUCAGAGACACUGCAGCAAUACAGACUUUGGCGUGUCCCUUGCAGCUUCCGAUUGAUCCCUGCCUAGAAGACAGUCAAUGGAAAGCUUGGAGCUGCUCCUUAUCUAUUUGGGCAAAGUGAGAGAAUAGUGAGCUUCAAGAAACUCAUAAGCACGUGAGAGAAGAUGACAAGAUCUAGAUCAAGAUCACCACGGUGGAAACCAAGGUCCUUAUCUCCAGCAUUUAGGAGUCCAGAGCAUCAUAGGCAAAGGCAUGCUCAUAUUAAUUAUGACUGUGAAUAUAAAAGCUUUCGUAAGGACCCAAAGAAACCUAUGCCUUGGAGAACAGAAGAUGAAAAAUACGGACAAAGCAAUUCCAGGUUUGCACCUCAUGGAAAUAACCACCAGAGAAUAUAUGAACGUAGGUCACCUUCACCAAACCUGAAAAGAAUUCCCAUGGAAGAUGCUUACAGUCAUAAGCCCUACAGAACACAUUCAUCUGAAAGAACUGAAAGCAAUAGGAGAUGCCAGUUACCGCCAAAAUACUCGGAAAUACCUUAUAAAGAGCAUGAUCGUCCAUUUUACCAACACAAAAUGGAGGACAGAUAUGUGUUUGAUCACUACAAAGUCACUGGAAAUGAAAAAGGAAUGAAGCCUUUUCAUAGACCAUUAGGGUCUUCAUGUAAACUUGAAAGAAAAUGGCAUGAAGAUGACUUGAGGCACCAGAGGUUACAUGAAGAGAAGUAUGGUCAAUCACCCAGAAGAGUUUCUGAUGAAUUCACGGCAAGGAGCUCUUUACAGAAGAGGUAUCCUGAAGAUCACGAUUACAGAGAAUAUGGGCACACGUCUAAAAGGGCUAAGGAAAUGGAGAGGUAUGACUGUGGAGACGUAGCAAGAAAUUCCAAGUGGAAGCAAGAACGUUCUUUUCCACCCUACCAAGAAAAGGAGGAGCAAAGAUACCCGGGUGCCCAGUCCCACCGGUCGGCUGAAAGGGAGUACGUGGGGGGUUCUGUCCCAAAGAUAGCCUAUGAGUACAAUCACAACCGGCGCAGGCAUCCGGAGGGGGAAAAGCCUUUUCCAGGCGAUAGAGCUCAGAAGUACGUGAAGCAGGAGGACCAGAAAUACAGUUCUUCUAAGGGUGCCCGGAAUAGCAAAGAGUCAGAGUACUUUAGUGGUGGAAGAGCGAGGCGGACUGAGGAAGGACACGUCGAAGUACCUGUUAAAUAUAGCUCGAAGAAGGGCUGUGAUGCUUGUGUUAACUCUUCCAAAACGGAUGUUGAGCCGAGAUCUUUUAAAAACAAACCGAAUGAAAGAGUAAGGAAGGACGGGGAAUUAAGGAAAAACGUAGAUUCCUCCAAUAGCCAGUGUGAUUCGAGUCAUACUGUUUCAGAUGUGAAAGUGUCAGAUGUCAACUGUAUGAGGGAACAUCUCACAAUCAAAGUGGAUCUGAAGAAAACAGUGACCAAGUACAGGACUGCUUCCAGUCAUACUACAGAGAGACAGAUAUCCCAUGAUCUGGCUGCUGUUGGCAGAAAAAAUGAGAAUUUUCAUCCUGUGUUUGAGCACAUGGAAUCUAUAACACAAAAUGUCGAAAAGGACCCAUCAAAAGAAUUUACUCAGGAAAUAAUCACAAUUAUUCAUCAAGUUAAAGCAAAUUAUUUUGCAUCUUCUGACAUAACUCUGCAUGAACGGUUCUCAAAAAUUCAGGAUAAACCAAGUACAAAUACAAAUGAAGUGAAAAUACAUUUGGAUCCAGAAAUUCAUAGGAGAAUUGACAUGUCUCUAGCAGAACUUCAGAACAAACGAGCUGUGCCAUCUGAAUCUCCCCAGAACGUUGUAAGAGUGUUAGAAGAUCCAAAUGAUCUACGGUAUGAUAUAGAAAGGAGAAGAAAAGAGAGAUUGAAGAAUGAAGAUGAGAGAGUCUUUCAUGUAGAUGGUGUAACUCCAAGGAACCAGCAAAGCUGCAGUCUUUCAAAGUUACAAACCUCUCAACUUGAUGGCUUCCAAAAGCCUAUGAGGUUCAUUAAGCCAGCUUUCAGGAAAUUUAUUGGGAGACCUCAUCUGAAUUCUUACUAUUCUUCAAAACCAAGUGAUACUUACCCUCACAGACGAAUUAGAGGACACCUUGAAAAUGCAGGACCCAUCAGAAGGCACUUUAAGAGCAACUCUGCAGAUGGCCGUUUGCAAUCCCAUUAUAAAUCAGGCUUAGUACAGAAGGGUUUAUAUAUUCAGGCUAAGUACCAGCGGUUACGUUCUGUUGGUGUAAGGGGAUUUACCACUAAUAAAUUCAGAGAUGGAUUUUUGAGGAAAGAAAAGGGAAAUCUAAAUAUUGCAACAGAAACCUGAACUGAACUGUGAUCCUGAAGUUGAAACAGAUAACACAGCAAAGGGAGCAUCUGUUCGUUUUUUGACAACUUUGUCAAGACUUAAAAUAGGAUAAAGGAACUAACGCUGUAACUUUCGUGAUUAAAAAAUAACUUUAUUUUGAAUGCUGCAGAACUUUUUUACAGUUUUAAUAAUUGCUUUUAAAGUACAGUAUUCAACUGAAACAUCACGGUGUGUACCUUUUAGUUCCUUUGGCAUACCAGUCUCAAGUAAGGAAGUCGUUGAAGGGAGUCUUAUUUAUUAAAUACUUUCUCUCUCAGCAUGUUGUUACAGAUGGAACUUGAGUUGUUAUACCCAGAAGUUUAUACGUUGAAAGUUUAUUGCUUAUGUAAUAAUAAAAAGGAAAAAAAAAAGUGCCUGAAUUGUUUGGUAAUAGCACAUUAGCUCAGGAUUUUCCAAGUAAUGACCUUUUAGGUUGUGCAAUAGAUUUUACACCUCUGUUCAGCCAUUUCCAUAAAACAGUAUUUUGUAUUACUUUAGUUUAAUAAUAUACUUGGGUUUCUGAUAUGUAUGUACAUUUGUAAAUUGUUAGAAUGUUGGGACAACUUUUGGCAUUUGAUUAAAAUGAAUGGGAACGGGCAGGUAUGUAAAGUUAUGUAGCAGUAGCUUAUAACUGCACUGAAAGCAUGCUUGGGUUUGUUAGAGGGUUAGUUGGUCUGUACUCAAAAUUAUUCUGUCUCAUUAUAUUUUGGUGUAUGAGAUUCUUGACCGAGCCACAUUUCUCUAAUCUUUUUUUGUUAUAAAUGAUUUGGUGAUUUCCUGGAUUCUGAAAUUGGGGCCUGAA